AUGAGCUUAGCGCUUAACUUCCGCAGCUGCUGCGUAAGUUUUACCCGGCUUCCCACGUUGCGCGCCAACGCCGUGCAUCUCAGCUGUCAUCCCCGCCGGACCGUCGUCGCAGUUACUCGUUCGGGUCUCAUCCGACCUGAAGGAGCCACAGCUCUCCACCGCGCAGCACCUCUCCAGGGAUUGCCAGCCGUCCGCCGACUCCCUUCAGUUCGCAAGCCUCCAGCUGCUCACCACUCACCAGUCGAUAAUCACCAGCUAGCCGUCAACAAACGGCUAACCGGCAGUCAGCUGCCAGCUACGAUGAAGUCAGGUCGGGGAGGUAGCGGUGCCAAGAAGCCUGGCGUUUCCGCUGCUGCUGACGGCCGCGGUCAACGGUCCAUUGCCUCGUUCUUUGGAGGCAAGGACCAAUCAGGAACCGCGGGGAAGGCUUUACCUGGGGGCGGCCAGAGGUCCAUCUCCUCGUUUUUCGGUGCAAAAGGGAAGGCUGCUGCUGUUGGGGGUGGUGGUGGUGGAGGUAAAUCCGAGGUCGAGGGUCCGAAUCCCAGUGCAGUGGAUAAAGCAAGCGAGGAGUUGAAGGAGACGGCAUUGAAGAAGAAAGAGCCUUUAGAGUCAGCAGCAGCAGCAGCAGCAGAUUCUCCAGUACCCACACAGACUGCUAAAGGGGCUGUUGAAAACGGGGAUGGAGCAGUGGCAUCUGCAGGGAAAGAAGACACCCGCGCUGAGGAGGCAGUGGCGGAGGAAGCUUGGGGGGAAGAGAUGGCGGACGCGGAAGCAGUAGGGGGAAGGGAAGGCGGAGGGGGAAGCGCAGGAGGAGGAGCAGGGGAAGCAGUGACUGGCGGAGCUGGCGCAAGGCGGUUGAAGCGGCUUAGGAAGGUUGGGGAGGGGGCGCGGGGAGCGGGGAAAGGAAGAGAGGAAGGGGCAGAGCCACCUGUCGACGCAGCCGCAGGAGCGGAGGAAGCAAAAUCCGCCUUUGACGCCCUAAAGCAAGCUAAGGGACGCACGGAAACGAAAGCCAAGAGAAAAAACAGGGGAAAAGGGGCCGGGGCAGGAGGCGCAGGAGGAGGAGGAGCAGGCGAUGGGUUGGUGGCGCUGGCAGCGAAGCUGGUGCAGUAUGAUCCGGUGGCAGCUGCCACUUGGAAGAGCGGCGAGCGGGUGCCCUUCCUCUACCUCGCCCAGGCGCUUGACAGUACGUUGGUUUGGGCUUUGGGCUGUGCGUGGUGGGCUGUGCGUGGUGGGCUGUGCGUGGUGGGCUGUGCGUGGUGGGCUGUGCGUGGUGGGCUGUGCGUGGUGGGCGUGUGGGCUGUGCGUGUGGGCUGUGCGUGGUGGGCUGUGCGUGGUGGGCUGUGCGUGGUGGGCUGUGCGUGGUGGGCUGUGCGUGGUGGGCUGUGCGUGGUGGGCUGUGCGUGGUGGGCUGUGCGUGGUGGGCUGUGCGUGGUGGGCUGUGCGUGGUGGGCUGUGCGUGGUGGGCUGUGCGUGGUGGGCUGUGCGUGCUGGGCUGUGCGUGGUGGGCUGUGCGUGGUGGGCUGUGCGUGGUGGGCUGUGCGUGGUGGGCUGUGCGUGGUGGGCUGUGCGUGGUGGGCUGUGCGUGGUGGGCUGUGCGUGGUGGGCUGUGCGUGCUGGGCUGUGCGUGCUGGGCUGUGCGUGCUGGGCUGUGCGUGCUGGGCUGUGCGUGCUGGGCUGUGCGUGCUGGGCUGUGCGUGGUGGGCUGUGCGUGGUGGGCUGUGCGUGCUGGGCUGUGCGUGCUGGGCUGUGUGUGGUGGGCUGUGCGUGGUGGGCUGUGCGUGGUGGGCUGUGCGUGGUGGGCUGUGCGUGGUGGGCUGUGCGUGGUGGGCUGUGCGUGGUGGGCUGUGCGUGCUGGGCUGUGCGUGCUGGGCUGUGCGUGCUGGGCUGUGCGUGGUGGGCUGUGCGUGGUGGGCUGUGCGUGGUGGGCUGUGCGUGGUGGGCUGUGCGUGGUGGGCUGUGCGUGGUGGGCUGUGCGUGGUGGGCUGUGCGUGCUGGGCUGUGCGUGGUGGGCUGUGCGUGGUGGGCUGUGCGUGGUGGGCUGUGCGUGGUGGGCUGUGCGUGGUGGGCUGUGCGUGGUGGGCUGUGCGUGGUGGGCUGUGCGUGCUGGGCUGUGCGUGCUGGGCUGUGCGUGGUGGGCUGUGCGUGCUGGGCUGUGCGUGCUGGGCUGUGCGUGCUGGGCUGUGCGUGCUGGGCUGUGCGUGCUGGGCUGUGCGUGGUGGGCUGUGCGUGGUGGGCUGUGCGUGGUGGGCUGUGCGUGGUGGGCUGUGCAUGGUGGGCUGUGCGUGGUGGGCUGUGCGUGGUGGGCUGUGCGUGCUGGGCUGUGCGUGCUGGGCUGUGCGUGGUGGGCUGUGCGUGCUGGGCUGUGCGUGCUGGGCUGUGCGUGGUGGGCUGUGCGUGGUGGGCUGUGCGUGGUGGGCUGUGCGUGGUGGGCUGUGCGUGCUGGGCUGUGCGUGGUGGGCUGUGCGUGGUGGGCUGUGCGUGGUGGGCUGUGCGUGGUGGGCUGUGCGUGGUGGGCUGUGCGUGGUGGGCUGUGCGUGGUGGGCUGUGCGUGGUGGGCUGUGCGUGCUGGGCUGUGCGUGCUGGGCUGUGCGUGCUGGGCUGUGCGUGGUGGGCUGUGCGUGGUGGGCUGUGCGUGGUGGGCUGUGCGUGGUGGGCUGUGCGUGCUGGGCUGUGCGUGGUGGGCUGUGCGUGGUGGGCUGUGCGUGGUGGGCUGUGCGUGCUGGGCUGUGCGUGGUGGGCUGUGCGUGGUGGGCUGUGCGUGGUGGGCUGUGCGUGGUGGGCUGUGCGUGGUGGGCUGUGCGUGGUGGGCUGUGCGUGGUGGGCUGUGCGUGGUGGGCUGUGCGUGGUGGGCUGUGCGUGGUGGGCUGUGCGUGGUGGGCUGUGCGUGGUGGGCUGUGCGUGGUGGGCUGUGCAUGGUGGGCUGUGCGUGGUGGGCUGUGCGUGGUGGGCUGUGCGUGGUGGGCUGUGCGUGCUGGGCUGUGCGUGGUGGGCUGUGCGUGGUGGGCUGUGCGUGCUGGGCUGUGCGUGCUGGGCUGUGCGUGGUGGGCUGUGCGUGCUGGGCUGUGCGUGCUGGGCUGUGCGUGCUGGGCUGUGCGUGGUGGGCUGUGCGUGGUGGGCUGUGCGUGCUGGGCUGUGCGUGGUGGGCUGUGCGUGGUGGGCUGUGCGUGGUGGGCUGUGCGUGGUGGGCUGUGCGUGGUGGGCUGUGCGUGCUGGGCUGUGCGUGGUGGGCUGUGCGUGGUGGGCUGUGCGUGGUGGGCUGUGCGUGCUGGGCUGUGCGUGCUGGGCUGUGCGUGCUGGGCUGUGCGUGGUGGGCUGUGCGUGGUGGGCUGUGCGUGGUGGGCUGUGCGUGGUGGGCUGUGCGUGGUGGGCUGUGCGUGGUGGGCUGUGCGUGGUGGGCUGUGCGUGGUGGGCUGUGCGUGGUGGGCUGUGCGUGGUGGGCUGUGCGUGCUGGGCUGUGCGUGGUGGGCUGUGCGUGGUGGGCUGUGCGUGGUGGGCUGUGCGUGCUGGGCUGUGCGUGCUGGGCUGUGCGUGCUGGGCUGUGCGUGGUGGGCUGUGCGUGGUGGGCUGUGCGUGGUGGGCUGUGCGUGGUGGGCUGUGCAUGGUGGGCUGUGCGUGGUGGGCUGUGCGUGGUGGGCUGUGCGUGGUGGGCUGUGCGUGCUGGGCU